ACUCCACUGCACGUGAGGGAAGGCCGCCGGGAGGUCGUGCCUUACGUUAUAAGCGAUGUUGUUUCUUUCAGUUGUGGUUUGUAAGAUGUUUUAUUUGUAAUUGCACUUAAAGAGAUUGAACUCUUAUAGGGGGAAAAAAGAUUGAUGCAUUGUUGAAUUUGGAGCCAGAGUGCUGUUUCCUUGCUGAUAUUCACUAUGGUCAGAUGCAAACGAAGAUAUUUUGUGGUUGAAGUCGUGCCAGAGAAUUCCUUGAGACUUACCUGGUAUGGACUGAAGAAUGCUAUAGUAGAUACCGUGAGAAAGCUACACGGGGAUUUUGGUGUUGCAGCAACAACGUCAGGCUUUCAAAUCAAGUAUUGCAAUGCAGAGACUCAAAUAGCCUUCAUAAGUUCAAUCAGAGGUCCUCACCAGUUAAUUGCAAUGGCACUUCCACACAUCAAGACAAUACACAACCAGCCUGUGGUUGUUCGCACCUUGUAUCUAGCUGCCUCUAUGAGACACGGCUUCCUCUUCGUAAAAAAACACCAUGAAGAAAAAAUUCAGGAACUUGAAGGAAAAUUGAAGACAGAUGCUGAGAAGGAGCAUUGGCAUCAUGUGAAAAAGAAAGCAUACCUGAGAUGAAAGGUGUUGAAAAUAUUGAAAGGAUAUCAUUUGGUUUUGGAAGAGUAGAUAUAAACAGUCUAUAUAGUGAAAGUGUGUAUACAGAGUGUGAUAGGAAAAUUUGGUUUAUUUUGAAGAAUUGUGUAAGGUCUGAUUGGCUAAUACAGACAAAAAAAGAAAUAUACUGUACUAUUUACUUUGGUUUUGUUGACAUUAGUACAAAGGAACUUGUAUAAAAAAAAAGAGAAAGAAAGAAAAUAUCCAGUUGUUUGAUUUCUGCAGUAACUUUGAAUUUACAUCUUAUUUAUAUUUUAAGUAGUUAUCAUUCAGUUAAAAUACAAAUAUAUUAUUUAUACAGUAUAUGCAUUAUUGUUCUGUAAAUGAUUCUUUUUUUUUUUUUUUACAUAUAUUGAUGUUGCAUGAUUUGCCUUAUUAAUUCUAUGACCAUAUCUUUUAUUCAAACUAUAAUGAGCUAAGCACAGCAUACAGUCGGCUUCUUAAAUGAGAAUUAGAAGCACAGGAUACAUGUUUUCUCUAUUGUCUGUAAUUUUGGCUGCAGUAUGUAUGUUUUUUUUCAAUAAAAGAAGCUAAAAAGUGA